AUGGGCCCCUUUUCUCGCCCCUUUAAGCAGCUGACUCAGAGAGUCUCCCCUGUGGGCCAUUGCAGCAGCAACGCCAGCGGCGACAGCAGGGCCCCCCAACCCUCGAGGCCGCCGCAGACACCUGGCCCGGCCGCGGAUCCCACCGCGGUGUCUUCUUCAGGUGUAUCUCCACACCCCGGGAGAGCUGCGCCUAAGACCCCCCAGAAGAACGCUGCGGGGCCCCCCUCCACGGUGCAGGAUGUCUGUGGCGCCCCCGAGGACUUGACCGCGUGUGACAUCGUGCGAGAUGGCGUCUGUAUCAUAUCUGGGGGGUACCUGCGCCUCAUGCGGCGUCGCCGCUGGCGCGGGCGGAGGCGGCCCCUCAAAAGGGCCCCAGGGGCCCCUCCUGAGCCCCGGUGGGUUCAGGGCCUGCGCAUCAUCAGCGGGGGAGACAUAGAAGUGCGAGGGGCAGUGAUCAAGUGCAGGGGGACCGCAGCUGCCGCUGAGCAGGGCACGGUGUGGGACCUCCGCCGCCGCCUGCGAAGGAGAGGGGGGCCCCUUGCAAGCUCCAAGAGUUUGCGUCGCCUGGGCCUGAAGGGCCGGGGGGUACCCGCGGGGGCCCCUCCCGCCUCGAAGGGGGCCCCCACGCCAACGCAGCGCAUCGAACUCUGCGCCCGCGGCAGUAUUCGGCUGCUGGGCCCGGCGGUGUUGCACUGCAGCGAGACGCUGCUGUGGGCUGGGGACUCUGUCACGGUGGGGGAGGCAGCAGAAGUGACUGCCUCUGCAACCGUCUCCUUGAGGGGGCCCCCAAGCCCGAGGAGGGGCCCCCGGGGCCCUUCUGCUGCUGCUGCUCCUCCCUCUGCUGCGGACAGUUCGUUUGCGGCAUUGGCUGCCAGCCCGACGCUGGACAGCGUUGCUGCUGCUCUUCGGCAACAGCUUGCGCUGGGGGCCCCUUCUUCUGCAGUGGGACCCGGGGCCCCUGGAGGUGGGUCCCCCUGGGGGCCCCCCCACCAACCGGGCGUUCCCUUAUCCCCCUCGAGUGCCAAGGAAGCGGUAUCAGCAGCUUCAGCUCCAGCUGAAGUGCAGAGCGAGGCGGGGGGCCCCCAGGGGGCCCUGCAGCAAGAGGCCCCUGAAGACCCUUAUCCAAGGGGGGGCAGCCAUGGGGGCCUCGGCGGCGUGUUGAAAGACCGCUGCACAGCCAAUGCCUUCAGCAAUCCAGUGAGGGCCCCUGCUGAGCUGCGAGGCGAUGUGUUCCUGCCCCUUGUGGCGGGUGAAGCGGGUGUGGUUUACAGGGGUGGGGUUGGGGGCCCACUGGGUUCACCCCAUGACGGGUGGGGUGCGGCCUCUGCGCAAGAGGAUGACCUCCUCGGGGCCCCCAAGGGGGGGGGACUGGUGGUGGUGGUAGCGGGGCGGCAGCUGUCUGUUGAGGGCCAGAUAAGUGCUGCUGGAGAGCCUGGCUGGGGCUGCGAGGUGACGGGGCCCUCCCCUUCUAAGGGCUCGAGGCAGGCAGCUGGGGGGGCCCCGGGCCCCCACAUGGGGUCCAAAGGGUGGCGAGGCUCAGCGCCCCUGAAAACAGUUUUCCGCAGUCUCCUUGGGCGGCCAUCAGGAGGAAGCGGCCCUACAGAGGCAGGAGCAGCAGGUGCAGCAGCUGCAGCAGCAGCAGCAGCAACCUGUGCAACUGCAGGCAGCGGAGGCUCCAUUGUGCUUGUGGGGGAGUCUGUCGUCUUCCCCAGCCCCAUGCGGAGUGGUCGGGUGUCGGCUGCAGGUGGUGGCUGUAUUCGGGGCCGCCCUGAUGGGUGGGAGGGAGCCGGGGGCCCCUCAGGGGCCCCCCAAAACAGGGUACGGGGGCCCCAGGAGGUGCCCGAGGCCCUAGGAGGCCUCUGCGCUGCAGGGGGAGGAGGGCGCAUCGCCAUAUAUGCGGAGCAGCCGCAUCCCUUGGACCCCGUGGUAAGCCGACAAAAAGAAGUGUUGAAGACUGCAGUCAGGGUCGCCCCCAGCGCCCUGCUGUUGCUCUUGCUGCUGCUGCUGGUGCCCGAGGCCCUAGGGGGCCUCUGCGCUGCGGGGGGAGGAGGGCGCAUCGCCAUAUAUGCGGAGCAGCCGCAUCCCUUGGACCCCGUGGUCCUGGCCCCGGGCGGCUGCGCGCUGCGGAGCAGCCGCCUUGAUUUACUGCCGUGUUUGUGUGGGGGUGGCGGCACUAUCUUCUCGCGGGCGCACCGCCGCCUGAUAGUUGCAAACAAGCUUACUGCAGUUGCUGCUGCUGCUGCUGCUGCUUCUGCUGCUGCUGCUGUGGGCUCUCCAGGCCCACGCGGGCAGCCAGCCAGCCCGCAUGCGUUUGACUCUAAACCCAAAGAGGGGCAGGAGGCGGGGGCCGGCACCCCAUUAAGCGACGCUCGCGAUGCUGCGCUGGGGACCCCCGUGGAUGCGGCUCUGACACCGCUUGAGGGGGCCCCAGGAGGGGCCCCGACAGGGGUGGAGGCACUGGCUGUGCUGAGUGUACAGCCAACCCCCCUGCCCGUGCCGCUCUAUGCCCCCACACUGACACUGGCGGUGGAGGCCGCAGUAGUGACGCUGCGGGGGCGAGCCCAAGGCGGUUUCGGGUGGACCCCCGAGGCGGCGCAAAGCGGGGGGCCCUCUCAACUGCCUGCAGACCCGGGGGAGGCCAAGGUAGUGCUCUGCGCUGCACGUCCUAUCGCCCCUCCAUCUGCACACCGCGGAAGGCAGCCUUCGCCUGCGGCAGCGCAGCGCGUUGGUCUUGGCGCCUUGCGGGGGCUCUGA